UUUUUUUUUUUUUUUUUCUUUUUUUACCUUUUUUUCGUUUGGAAAAAUAUAUUGAAUAAUGGUUUACGUGGGAAGAUCUUGCUUCAAGUGUGGAAAGAGUGGCCAUUAUGCCGUUGCUUGUGAAGAACCAGAAAGACUUUGCUAUAACUGUAAGCAACCCGGUCAUGUCUCGAGUGAAUGUACCGCUGAAAAGGUCAUUGAAGCCAAGACUUGUUUUGUUUGCGGUCAAGGUAAUACCACUUUACCACUUUAUAUAUAUACAUAUAUUACACUGUGUUAAAACACAAUCGUAGAGGGACAUUUGAUUGCCCAAUGUCCUGACCGCGAAACCGCUUCUUCUCCCACUACUUCUGGUCAAGGUGGUAAAGGACGUUGCUUCAAUUGUCAGCAGAUGGGUCAUUUAGCUAGAAACUGUCCCAAUGAAGCACAACCACGAUCGGUAGAGAUUCUCACUGAUGGCGAGACAUCAACAGCCAUAGCCCCUCAACGCGACAGCAGCACGAGUUUCCGUGGUGGUAGAGGAGGAAGAGGUAGAGGAGGCAGAGGAGGUAGAGGUAGAGGAGGAUCCAGUCAUGCGGGUACACGUUAUGAACCCGUUGUCUGUGAAAACUGUGGUAUUAUCAAUCAUUAUGCCAAAGAUUGUCAAGCAAGAGAUAUUACAUGCUACAACUGUAAUAAGCAUGGACAUAUUGCGCGUGAUUGUCCUCUUGCAGUGACGGGGGAUGUCUCCCAUGGUACGACAGAAAGAGCUGUCAAGACGUGCUAUGAGUGUGGUAAUCCUGGUCAUAUUGCUCGUUAUUGUCUUGUUGCCAAGAGAGAGAAUGAUACAUCGGAUGAAGAAGAAGAAGUAGAGUCGGAUGAGGAAGAUGAUUCUUCUGCAUUAUUGUCUGAAUCAGAAUCUGACGCUUAAAUAAUAAAAAAUUCUCCCCCAUCCUCCCGACAUCGGAAUUGAACGAGCAUGUUAUGAAAGUUUUGGUAAACCCAUUUUCCUUGGUGGCGUCCAUGUUUAUUGGCAUACGAGAUUUUUUUCUUUAGACGUGAGAGUAGCUCUAAAGUAUUUCAAAAGUUCAGUUGCUUUUGGACUGCCCUCAUAGGACGCAUUUCUUAUGCUAAAAAUUCCAGCUUUGCAUUUAAAAAAAUAAAUUCUUAGUACUUCAUGUUCUUAUCUACUAA